AUGGAGUUUGGUCGGGAUCAUGGUGAUCAUUGCGGAAUAUUAUUUCUAUUAUUAUCCGUUUCCACAGGUUUAUACCCAGCUGCAGGAUUCUCCUACUCGGAGAUGGCCCUCUCGGAUCCCGGUUAUUCGGCUACGUCUCUCGCUUCUGCGUCCAUUUUGUACAACAGUUGGUUCGCCCAGUCGAAACCCGGUCAACUUUUCGGCCUGCAAGGUGAGAUCUGCUCGAUAUUUGAUAGAGCAGACACGCUUGGCAAAUCUAGUCGCGGCCCAAUGGCCGUCCCGAGCCGAAGAAAGUGCGGAAGACGGUCCAGGAAGCCGGGCAUCGACAGGAAACCGCGGCAAGCGUACAGCGCGAAACAAUUGGAGAGGCUCGAGGCCGAAUUCAAGAUCGACAAGUAUUUGAGCGUGAGCAAACGAAUGGAGCUGUCCAAGUCUUUAAACUUGACCGAGGUACAGAUAAAAACGUGGUUUCAAAAUCGUCGCACCAAAUGGAAGAAGCAGCUUACAUCGAGAUUAAAAAUCGCUCAGAGGCAAGGACUUUUCCCGCCAACCUACUUUCCGCCGGCACAGUAUCCCCUGUUACCCUAUUACACCGCUCCCCUCGUCUUUGGAAAUCCAACGUCGGAUGAUAUCAACGCGAUGACGAUGACGAUACCUCCACGGCCGGUAUCGUCGUCGGAUACCCUGUAAAAGGAUAUAUACGAUCACUUGAGUCGUCGGAUGAGGUGACAGGAUAAACGUGACGUUUAAUAGAACUCUUCUAUAUUUCCUAUAAGAUCUCGCAAAAGAGCGGUGAGUGAGAGGAAUUAUAUUAUUCGAUGAAAAAACAAAAGUUGGUAAAGUUGAAGAAA